AUGACUUCGACGCUCUGGAGAUUCUUGACAUACUCGUACUUGGGGCUCCAGGUCGUUCUGCACACCUUCAUCACUCCCUGCCACCUCCACCCGCAGCCGUGCCACAUCCUGGCGCGGAUAGGGCACACGUUGCGCCUGGGCGCGCUCCUGCCUCCCCGCCGCCCGGCCCGGGUGCAGGCGGCACUCAACCGCGCCCUGGCCGGGGGCAACCACCUCCCGUACAACCUGAGCCUGGAGAUGCUGGCGAGGGAGCCGCCGCACGGGGACCCCGAGUCGCUCUUUACCUGCGUCUGCCAGACCAUCGUCGUGCAGGGAGUCUCCGCCGUGCUCGCCUUCCCGCAGACCCACGAAGAGCUGGUGCAAGUGGAAUUCAUGGCUUCUUUUUUGGAAAUACCGUUCAUUAGCAUCAUGGAGCACGGGGAGCCGCUGAAAAUACAGAACAGGUUCCACCUGCAGAUGUUGACGCGUGCCCCUCCAUCGGGCGUGGCCCAGGUGUUGCUCUCCAUCCUGGAGCGCGGCGGGUGGAAGGAGGGCGUGGCCCUCCGCUGCGGCCGGCACGAGGAGGCGGAGCUCCUGGACCUGCUGGGCGGGGCCUCCUGGCGCCUGCUGGCGACGCUCGACCUAUCCGGCGGUGAGGAGGCGGAGCUAGAGCGGGUGGGGCCCUUUCUGCAGGAGCACCUGCCCUCUCUGGGGGUCGUGCUGGUGCUGGGCUCCGACCCCCAGUGCCUGGCGUCCGUCCUGCGGCUGGCCCAUGACCUGGGCCCCGCCCUCCCUGCCGCGCACUGGAUUAUGGGUAACCCGCUGAGCGCGGACGCCCUGCAGGCGCUGGGGGGGCCGGGGGGGCUGCUGGCGUACGGCGAGGUGGGCCAGCGAGCGCUGGCGCUCUACAUCAGCGACGCUCUGCAGCUGCUGGGCCGCUCUGUCACCGCGGCAACCGCCCUGCGCCCCGACCUGGCGCUCAUCCAGAACAUGGUCAACUGCAACGACAAGCCCAACAAGCACGAGCUGCUGUCCUCAGGGCAGUACCUGGCCAGGUUCCUGUCGAGCGCCUCGUUCGGGGGGGCCACGGGGCGGGUGUGGGUGCGGGGGGGCGAGUCGCGGGUGCAGACGGCCCGGCGGUUUCGGGUGUGGCGGCUGCAGCGGGACGCGGUGGGGAACCCGGCCUGGGUCACGGCCGGCGUGUGGGACGAGGGCGGCCUGCAGACGGACGCGGCCGCGGGGGCGUGGCCCGGGGGGGUGUGGCCCGGGGGGGCGUGGCCACGCAAAGCGCCGGCGGGCAGCGGGGGCGGGGGCGGGGGCGGGGCCGGCCGGCGCUGGGAGGCGGGGCUUCCCGUGGCGGGGCGGAGGCUCAGGGUGGUGACACUGGUGGAGCACCCCUUCGUCUUCACGCGCGACGCGGACGAGGACGGCCUGUGCCCUGCGGGGCUGCCCUGCCUGGCCCCCCACGCCCCCGCCCCCGGCCCCGCCCCCCGCAACGCCACCCUGCCCCCGCUCCCCCGCCACGCCCGCAAGUGCUGCUACGGCUACUGCAUGGACCUCCUGGAGAAGCUGGCCGAGGACCUGCACUUCGGGUUCCACCUGUACAUCGUGGCCGAUGGGAAGUAUGGGGCGCAGAAGGGCCCGGGCCGCUGGACCGGAUUGGUGGGCGAGCUGCUGGGGGGCGGGGCCGACAUGGCGGUCACCAGCUUCAGCAUCAACUCGGCGCGGAGCCGAGUCAUCGACUUCACCAGCCCCUUCUUCUCCACCAGCCUGGGCAUCCUGGUGCGCAGCAAGGACACGGCCGCGCCCAUCGGCGCCUUCAUGUGGCCGCUGCACUGGAGCAUGUGGGUGGGCAUCUUCGUGGCGCUGCACGUCACCGCACUCUUCCUCACGCUGUACGAGUGGAAGAGCCCCUUCGGCAUGACGCCGCACGGGCGCAACCGCGGGCGCGUGUUCUCCUACUCCUCCGCGCUCAACCUGUGCUACGCCAUCCUGUUCGGCCGCACCGUCUCCAGCAAGACGCCCAAGUGCUGGACGGGCCGGCUGCUGAUGAACCUGUGGGCCAUCUUCUGCCUGCUGGUGCUGUCCAGCUACACCGCCAACCUGGCCGCCGUCAUGGUGGGGGAGAAGACCUUCCAGGAGCUCUCCGGCAUCCAUGACACCAAGCUGCACCACCCCUCUCAGGGUUUCCGGUUUGGCACAGUGCAUGAGAGCAGUGCGGAGGACUACAUGAGGAAGAGUUUCCCUGAGAUGCACGAGUACAUGCGCCGCUACAACGAGCCCACCACGCCCCAGGGCGUGGCCACGCUCAAGACAGAUCCCCCUCAGCUCGACGCCUUCAUCAUGGACAAGGCCCUGCUGGACUAUGAGGUAUCCAUCGACGCAGACUGCAAACUGCUGACCGUGGGAAAGCCCUUCGCCAUCGAAGGCUAUGGGAUAGGGCUUCCCCAGAACUCCCCGCUCACCUCCAACCUGUCAGCAUUCAUCAGCCGCUACAAGUCAGACGGCUUCAUGGACGCGCUGCAUGACAAGUGGUACAAGGUGGUGCCCUGCGGGAAGAGGGUCUUCGCCGUGACCGAGACGCUCCAGAUGGGAGUGCAGCACUUCUCUGGGCUGUUUGUGCUGCUGUGUGUUGGGGUGAGCGGGGCGCUGCUCUCUCUGGCCGGGGAGCACGUGUUCUACCGCCUGGUCCUGCCCCACAUCCGUCGCCGGCAGAGACUGCACUACUGGCUGCACACCAGCCAGACUUUAGCUGUGGUAGCCUAA